AGAGUCUAGACAGUUAUAACAGCAUGUUGGCAACACUGCGGUAUGUUGGUGACCUCUCCUCCACUCCGGCUGACGUGGAGAAAUCAAACACGAAGCAAAACGUCGACGUGAACACCAUCGCAGUUCUGUUUUUGCCCUCAACCUCCUCAGAAAGAUGCCGGCUUCCCCGAGCUCUACCAAUGUGGGAUCAAAAUCGCCCUCGAUGAAGGCUGGUGCUCAGCCCAGGGCUUCCAGCGGCGGCGGCGGAGUCGUCAAGAGGAAAACCACUACUACAACAGCUGCAAGGAGCGGUCGCACUACUGGUGCCAACAGUGGUGGAAUGUGGCGCUUCUACACAGAUGACUCUCCUGGAAUCAGAGUUGGACCCGUUCCUGUCCUGGUCAUGUCGCUGCUUUUCAUCGCCUCCGUUUUUAUGCUGCACAUCUGGGGCAAGUACACCCGCUCGUAAUGUAUCACUUGAGACAAAAAUCACACGAAGCAUCGUCUAACCUGUCAUGUCCCGAACCCUGCAAAAGAGACUCUUGUGCUGGAGCAAAUGAAAAUAAUGAGCGAGAACCAUUUUCAUCGAAAAAGGGAUGUGCUACCAUUCCAAUGCAUGAAGAAUUUAAUCUAAAACAAGUGCUUCUGUUAAUUUUUUCUCUUUAUACGAUUUCUUCUGGUAUUUUGAAUUCAAAAUGGCUCAUUAUAAGUUAUUAUGUUGAAAUAUUGUGGUUGAAUUAAAAAGACUCACUUUUUGAGAAA